AUGCUGUUUUCCAUGUUUUCAGUGUUUUUGCGUUGUGAUUUUAAUGUAUAUUUCACAAAUAAUUGAAAUACCAAUUUAUUUGUCACUCUAUAAAUCUAUAAAACGAACUGUGAAACCCACGAGCUGAAUUUCAUACGAUACCCAAUCACAUGUAAAAAUGGGGAAGAAAAAUAAGGAUUCUCUAGGAAGAUCACUUAUCAAGGAUAGAUUUGCUAAAAACAGGCACAGACGACAUGUUGAGGACAAUACGUUAUUGCAUACUACAGAAGUGAAUGAUGGAUAUGACUGGGGUCGCCUCAACCUGCAAUCUGUCACAGCAGAGUCUUCGCUGCAGGAGUUUCUGUCUACCGCUGAACUUGCAAAUAGAGAAUUUGUCGCUGAGAAGUUGAAUGUGAAAUAUGUUAAAUCAGCACCAUUAGAAGUAGAACUAGUCACAUCUCAACCUGAUUUUGAUGAACCAUUAACAGUGCCUAGAAGACCUCUAUGGACACCGGGAAUUGAAGUAGAGGAACAGUUAACCAGAGAGCGAGAUGCCUUCCUCGACUGGCGAAGACACCUCAAUGAGCUUCAGGAGAAACUCGGAGCUGCAGUCACACCCUAUGAGAGGAACCUGGAGCUCUGGAAACAGCUGUGGAGAACUCUGGAGAAAUCAGACAUUGUCUUAAUCUUAUUAGAUGCUAGAAACCCACUUUUGUUCAGGUGUAAAGACCUAGAAAAGUAUGCAGAAGAACAAAAUUGCAAAUGUAUAUUGUUAUUGAACAAAGCUGAUCUUACUUCAGAGUAUUUGAGGAAAUGUUGGGCAGAAUAUUUCAGUCAAGAGAAAAUUCCCGUUGUGUUCUUUUCGGCAGCAAAAAGCAUGAAAGAAAGAAAAAUAUCAGAAGAAUCCAGUAAUAGUAAAGAAGAAAAUUCUGACACAGAAUCUGUUGAAAGUGAAGAAGAUUCAGAUGAUGAGUUAGAUGAGACAGCAAAGGAUAUCGAAAUGUUUAAAAGACAGCUGGGUGAAAUAGAUACAGCGGUUAAUAACACAGCAAAUAGAAUAAACUCAAUCCAAGCAGCUUUAGACAAACUUCUUGAAAACAUACACCUAGGUAAACCUGUAGAAGAUAUAUCUAUUAAAGAUGACAAUGAAAAAGAAGAUUCCACAGAAGAAUCAAAAGAAAAUUCAGAAGAAAUAAACAAAGAAGUGAAAAAUUCAUAUGAGGUUUUCGACAGAGAUCAGUUGGUAGAAGUUUUGAGGGCACAGAAACCAAGUAAAUUGAAGAAUCCGCCUCGGUUAACAGUUGGAAUGAUAGGAUACCCAAAUGUCGGAAAAUCCAGCUCUGUUAAUAUCUUGAUGCAAACUAAGAAGGUCAGUGUGAGCUCCAUGCCGGGUCACACUCGUCAUAUCCAGACCUUAAUCCUGGACGAGGACAUCGAGCUGCUGGACUGCCCCGGACUGGUGCUGCCGGCGUACGCGGUCGCGCCCGAUCUGCUGUUGACCGCAGUGCUGCCGAUCGACCAGAUGCGAGCCCACGACGCCGCGAUGGCUCGCCUCUGUCAGCUGGUGUCGCGACACACGUUCGCCGCCAAGUACGGCCUGCUGCUGCCCGAGUACGACGACAGUGACCUCGAGUACAAGAAGAUACUGACGGCGCACGCGUUCAACCGCGGCUUCAUGACGGCUGCGGGCCAGCCUGACGUGUCCCGGUCCGCGCGGCUGCUGCUGAAGGACGCGGCGACCGGCCGCCUGCACUGGGAGCAGACACCCCCCGGGUACCCCCCGGCGCCCACCGAGUUUGUGGAGGUGAUGGGGGAGAAGAGGAAACCCACGCCGAGGGAGGCUAGAGCCGUGGAGGGUUGGCUUACAAAAGAGUCUGAAAUUGAUAACACUUUCUUUGCGAAAAACAAAGGCGCAGCGCAUGUUAAAGGAAAACCAAUGAUUGGUAUCGGUCCUCAACCAGACAUCCCCGUCAAAGGUAAACCGUGGAAGCAAGAGAAGAAACACGCGAACAAAAACAAGAAGGAGAAGUUGAGGAGAGUGUACGCGCAUUUAGACGAGCACUAGCGUAGCGGUGUAAGUCAUAAAAUACAAUAAAAUCAUAUUCUUAU